AUGUUGUUACCCAUCCGCCUCCUGGCCGUCCUGGCCACAUCACUGUUCCUGCCUCUCUCUGUCGCCGAACAUACCAACAAUUGGGCCGUUCUAGUAGGAACAUCGCGCUUCUGGUUCAAUUACCGACAUCUUUCCAAUGUGCUCUCCAUGUACCGCACCGUAAAGCGGCUUGGCAUCCCCGACUCCCAGAUCAUCCUCAUGCUUCCCGAUGACAUGGCUUGCAACCCCCGCAAUGCCUUCCCCGGUACCGUCUAUAGCAACUCGAACCGUGCGAUGGACCUAUAUGGAGACAACAUCGAGGUGGACUAUCGUGGCUAUGAGGUUACUGUCGAGAACUUUAUCCGCCUGCUCACCGACCGUGUUGGCGACGAGAUGCCAAGAAGCAAGCGCCUUCUCACCGACGACAAAAGCAACAUCUUGAUUUAUAUGACGGGUCACGGGGGCAAUGAGUUCCUCAAGUUCCAGGAUAAUGAGGAAAUUGGUGCUUGGGAUCUUGCAGACGCUUUCCAGCAGAUGUGGGAGAAGAAGAGAUACCAUGAAAUUCUGUUCAUGAUUGACACCUGUCAAGCAAACACGAUGUUCAGCCGACUAUACUCUCCCAAUAUUAUUGCCACUGGCUCGUCGGAGCUCGAUCAAUCCUCCUACUCCCACCACGCCGACAAUGACGUUGGUGUCGCCGUCAUCGAUCGCUACACCUACUACAACCUGGAAUUCCUCGAGAACCAAGUCAAGGACCUCAGCAGCCAGAAAACAGUUGGCGACUUGUUCGACAGUUACGAUAUCAGCAAGAUCCACUCCAACCCAGGAAUGCGAUACGACUUGUUCCCCGGCGGCGCUGACGUAGCCCGAAGUCGACUCAUCACCGAUUUCUUCGGAAACAUCCAGAAUGUCGAGGUGGACCAGAAAGAGAGUGGCGCACUUGAGGAAGAGCUCCUGGAGCUGGGUAGAACUAUUGCCAUGCUCCGACAAAAGGAGGCCGAUGAACUCAGCCAAUACAACAAUGCGACCAGCGUGCCAGCAUCUCAGCCUACCGAGCCUGUCAAGCACGUUCGGGGCGCAACAGCUCUGACCGAUGAAAACUGGUGGACAAAGAAAGUGGUCGGUGCCACGGCUUUAGCUGGCUGUAUUGGACUAUGGGCUCUAGGAUCUUUCCUUGAGACGUAA